UUGUAGCCAUCGCGUCUUUUUUAAGAAAACAAAAGCAGACUCGGCAUUAAAAUGAAACCCAAAACAAAUUCCGCCAUGAAAGCUCUAAUGAAUCGCCCUGGUUUCUGGUAUUCAGUGAAUGAUGUCGUUGAAGCUUUGAAAAGGCACCCUGUUCUAUGGGACAGUGAUCACAAACAUUUUACGUAUCGGGAUGUACGCUUUGAGGCUUGGGAGCAGAUUGCGCGGCAGCUGUGCACCAGUUUUGAAACAGCUAACGCCUCUGAGCAAAAAUUAGUUGUAAAAACCAUGGCAUCUCGCUGGCAAAAUUUGAAGAAAAGUUAUUUGGGUAUUUUGAAGCAGAGCCGUGGCGAAGUAACUAUCGCUUCAUAUGCAUGCGAAAAUAAACCAAGAUUAAGAAAAACGGCCAAGCAGCGACGCGAGCAAGCUAACACUAUCAUUCGAAGGAAAAGGCGGUCUCCAAAAAACAUUGAAGAAUCAACAGUUGCCAGUUUAGUGUCAGUAGAAGACCAUUGCGCGAGCAGUACAGUACAGCUUGAUCCUGACCGGGCAUUCUUCAUUGCUGCAAUAAAGCCACAUAUGGAACUUAUGAGCGCGGAUAUAAAACUGGAAUUUCAAUUCAAGCUGAUAGAAACACUACGCAGCUUUAGACCAUACCUAAAAUAAAUUACAACUAAUACAUAGAAUUAAUGUUAAUAAUACCUGAUAAGUUUUAAGUCAUAUAAUAUAAAACUUUGUGAAAAAGUCAGAGAAAAUCCAGUUGGGAGCAAAAUGCUAUUUUGUCUCAAGAAAAGUUAACAGCAAGUGCAAACUCAAACAUAUAUGAUAAGAAACUAUUUUAAAAAGAAGCGAUAGGCCUCUGAUUAGCACCCUGACAGUCAAAUAUCAUGUGUCGACUGUGAAGUUGGCCAAAUUGAUCGUGACUAGCCAGGAUGGUUGUAACUAUAUAUAAUCUAUCUGUAAUGUUAGCCUGAAUAUAAUGAUUUAAUAUGAAGAAUGUACCAAAAACACUACGGAAAACAUAUACUUGAUUACAAUAACAAAUAUACUAUGCUAAGAGGCCCCAAAACAAAAUGGGGAAAAGCUGUGCACCAAUUUUGAAAAAAAAUCUAACUCCUCUGAGAGGGAAGAGAUUGAUAUUUUAGUAAAUGCGUUAAAAAAGACGUUUUUCAGAGUGCACACCGCUUUGAUUUUUAGGUGAAGGAACUUACUCUCCGAUUUGGCCUCCGGUUGUCAGCUUAGCAUCAGUGGAAGACCAUUACCAUUACCAGCGCAGCAUAUCAAAAAUAGGUAUUUAUUACAGAUCGAAUAUAGUUUUUUU